CGGCUAGGUUUUGGUUUGGUUGAAGAAAAGAACUCUACAUUUGGAGGUCAACAGUAUCUAUAAAAUUAGUGUUCGCAUUGAAAUAUUUGAAACUGGAGAUUCUGUUUCUAAGUGCAACAAAUGUCAAAGAAAUAGGCGAUGGUAGGUACAUCGAUAAAUUUCCGACCAUCUCCAAACUUCAAACACAUGAAAAAGUACUUGAAGUCCAAGUUCGAAGAAGAAGCAUGUUCGGUAGUUUCGGCUCCGCGCCCAAAUUUAAACCAGGAGAAACCUGGUCAAAUCCAGAAGAAACCAAUAAUUACACAGGCUAAAAACAAAGGAAAAUCUCCUCAAGUCAAUAAAGCAGUACCUAAACAAGUUAAUAAACCUACUACCCAGGUUCAGAAUAACCCAAUAACUACCCAAGUUCAGAAUAAAGCAAUAAUUACCCAAGUUCAGAAUAAACCAAUAACUACCCAAGUUCAGAAUAAACCAAUAAUUGCUCAAGUUCAGAAUAAACUAAUAACAACCCAAGUUCAGAAUAAACCAAUAACUACUCAAGUUCAGAAUAAACCAAUAACUACUCAAAUUCAGAAUAAACCAAUAGCUACCCAAGUUCAGAAUAACUCAAUAACUACUCAAGAUCAGACCAAGAAGGGAAAAACUAUUCAAGUUACCAACAAACCAACAUCUAUCGAAGUUCAAAACAGAACAAAAACUAGCCAGGUUUAUGACAAACCGACAGCUACUGUUACAAGUCAGACUUAUAAUAAACCAACAGCUACUGUUACAAGUCAAACGUAUAAUAAACAAAAUGUUGCGGUUCAGCCGCCACUACCUCCUGAUCCGCCUCCACCAACUUAUGCCCCGAAUGUGGUCUUCAAAAAAGACGAUGGGUAUGAAAGCCAUGCCAGUGCAAUCACUCAACCGAAACAAGAAGUUGAUGAGCAAGAAGAUAAAUCGAAAAUUGUGAAGCAAUUAGAAGAAAAACCAAAAAAGAAGGAAUUAUGCAGGGAUUUUGCAAGAGGCAAUUGCAUGUGGAAUCCAUGCAAAAAGAGCCUCGAAAUGGAUCUAACGCAACUAGACCAAGUUAACGACUUUUGUAUAGACUUUGCGAAUGAUAAAUGCAAAAGGCUUAAUUGUAGAUUUGUUCAUGCAACAACAUUCGAAAAAGAGAGUUAUUUUCGGACUGGUUACCUGCCGCCGCAUCUGCGUCCGCAAAUAUCGAGCAAGAAAGGACACGGGCAGCAGCAGCAACAACAGCAGCAGCAACCACAACAGCAGCAACAACAACCAUUACAGCCGAUGCUUGACGCUAACGCGCAAGCUAUGCAGCUUCCUUUAUUUCCGAUUGUUGGAAGCACCCCAGAUUAUCGUGACAGAUUCAACCGUACGAGAAUCAACUCCAAGCAAAUGUGGGAGAUGCGAGAUAAGUGAAAGAGAAUAUCAAGAAAGUUUACUAGAAGUAAAGAACAUAGCAAAAUCAACACAAGCUAUAAAAGAUCAAAUUGCAGCGUUUGAACAAAAUAAAAUAAGGUUACUUGCGGUGCUCACCAAAGUUUUGUGGAAAGAUAUGCCGAACUAAAAAGUGAUAGCACGGAUGGCAUUGUACGACAAGAACAAGAAGAAGUUUUGUGGAAGGACAGGAGGAAAUGGAAACAUGUGACUGAUGUUAAUAAAUGUGUUUUUAAAAUA